CGGUGAUUCUGACGUGCAUUAAUUCCAUCGUCUAUGGUCAUUGCAUACCUCCUUCGCGUGUAAAAAAAUCGACCGAUGCGUGUAAGACAAUUCACGACAAAUUUUUACAAACUAAUGCCACCAAUUCUUCCACCUGGGAAGAGAUCAGUGCUUGUUAUCAAUCAUUCCCAUAUGAUUCGAAGGUUGCAAAAGAGACAAUUGAGACAUUGAGGGGAUUCCUCGGAGCCUUUUACGCAUUCUUCGAUGAAGCAAAGGAAGAACCAAAACCCGGAUUUACAUUUAGACCCGUGGAUUUGGCAGUAGAACUUGAUCGUUUACUAGAGAAAAAAUAUGAAACCGAGUUUGAAUUUUACACUGACGUCAAUUCAAUUAUAAAUGCUUUAAUGGAUGCCCACACCCAGCUGCCAAGUUAUUGUUAUGAAUCAUUUACAUUUAAUCAAAGAUUAUCGUUGUAUUCAACAAUACGGGACGGAAAUCAGAUAAUCAAAGUGUUCGAUGACUCUGUUGAUUCGAGCAACGUCGACUGUGAAGUGGUUAGCAUUGAUGGCCUUCCAGCUUUAGAUGUUAUCACCAAAUUCGCGCUCGACCAUAUUGGGUGGACGAGAGAUCUGGGAGUUCGAUUUAACACAGCACUCACGUCCCUAUCUCUCGGGGGAGGGAUCCUUCAGGCAUCCGAAUUUUCGGAACUGUUCACCAGAAGAAUUCAACUACCAUUGGCUCCACAAAUCGCUUACACUCUCAAUUGCGGCGGAAAUUAUUUGAAACAAUUUAAUCGCAGUUGGUCGGUUGAAGCUUCACGCGCAGUGCUAAAUAACUUUACGGACUCUGAGUCAUAUCAUAAACAAUUAUGCGUGAAGUCUAAUAGUAAUGAUAUUAGUAAUAAUGCCAAAUCCGCUUUAAAUACACGUCGGUCUAAACGUGAAAUCGACGUACAGUCAUUGAGCGAAGGAGAACUGAUAGUUGACGCCAUCAUUGCUAGGUUUUACGUUGUACGCGAUGUCGGGGUGGCUGUAAUUUCAACGAUUGACAUUUCAACAUAUAACCAAACUCAAAUUCAGACCGUUUUUGUCAAUUUAAAUAAAGGAUUCCGAUCGUUCGCAAAAAGAAAAAUCGAGAAGGUUGUCCUUGAUUUGAGUAAUAACGGGGGUGGAGUUAUUGAAGUCUCCGACUAUAUCGUUCUGCUCUUGUUUCCUGAUAUCAUACCUGGCUUCCAGUUUAACGAACGACUCACGGACCUUUACAGACUUGCCAUCGAAACUACAUCAGAUAACUCGUCCUUAAUUUCUCCACCAUUCAGUUAUCAUUCAUAUGUAACGAUUGAGAAUAAAAAUUUUACUUCCGUCCAACAAUUCUUUGGUGAUGACAUAUUUACACGCGGGGGCAUACAAGACAGAUAUUCCUCAAAAUUCCUUCUUAAUUAUGAAAACCAAUUGAAUAAUCUUAAAGAGGUACAAGGGCCAAACCCUCCACCACUAAAUUGGACAUGUGACAAUAUCGUUAUUUUGACAAAUGGAUUUUGUGGAUCUGCAUGUUCUUAUUUAGCUCAGAUAUUGGCCGAAAAGAAGCAGAUAAAAACGAUAGCCGUUGGAGGUUUACUGUCGCAAAAGCAGCUCAGUUAUUCUUCAUUCCCUGGUGGAUUCGUAUACACAUCUGAAGAGAUAUUUCCGUUAUUAAAUGAAGUUGGCUUAAAUCAUUCCAGUAAUAGUUUGGUACCUAAUGAUUUUUCACUUAGGAUGUUUGCAUCUGCACCAUUAAGUGAAGCCUAUAGUAGCAUACUUGAGGAUACGGUAUUAGAAUUUGAGUUCAAACCUUCCGACUUCAGGUUAUUCUAUGAUGAAAAGAGUGCAAGGGAUCCUAGUGUUCUGUGGAUACAGGCCGCAGACUUGAUCGGAAAAUGA